AUGGCUAAUGAGCAGUCUACAAUUAAGGAAAAGCUUGGGCAAGUAAAGCCGUUACUUAAUCCUUGCAAUGAUUUGAUGGAGUUGGUGAGUAGUUUUAAAGUUACUGCUGUUCAAAAUGACCAAGAUGGGGACAGUUUGUUACAAAGUCUAUGCAUCGGUCACAACAUGUAUGAUGUUUCUAUGGUAAACCAAGAAUGCCUCAACCUACAUGAGGAGAAGCACGAGGAAGAUUAUUUUGAUGUUUUGUCGAGGGGGAGCACAGGAGCAAGAGAUGUUGAUGGAGUAUAUUUUGACCCUACAGAACAUGCCUCAGUAUUGAAGGUGCGAAACUGGACUUCAUUGUUCCGCUCCAAGAGGUCAUCUGACAAGAGCUCUGUACAGGAAGAAGAAGUGGAUCCCGGAUCUGGAGCAGAUUCCAGGCUAAUGAGAUCUGCUAUUGUCGUGGAGAGCGCAAGCUGUAGAUGGAAGCCAAUUGAAGCUCAAAAGAGGAUGUCCAUUUUCGCUAGUGGAACGAGAAAUCCGUCUUUUGAGCAAAUAAACCGCAUUUCUGCAGAGCUGAAGCCUCAUGGUGUUGUGGAAGUUGAUAGUAGAGCUUGCAGGAAUUAUUUCCUUUGCAGUCCUGCAAGACUGUUUUCUCGUUUGUGUAGUGUAGGGUUUCACAGACAGAGUCUGACUGAGGACAUUCUAAAUAAGAAAAUGUAGUAGCACAUGGUCUAUAUUGCUGUGAUGCUACAAAAAUAAGAUACGUUUAGAGAUCAUGUAC